AUGGUCGUCGAGAAGCAAACUCCACAGAAGAAGGCCUCUCCCGGAGGCGUAUACCGCAACAAGCCUUGCAUUCUGGACAUGAACGACCAGGUCAUAUCCUUCGGAUGGCAACCCGACCGAGAGUCACCUAAACGCUCGAAGGGGGUCUCGUUUACCUACCAUCUGCAUGUGGCCUCCGGCGUCUGUCGACAAUGGCGGGACGUCGUCCAGUGCCUUCCCGAGUAUUGGUCGCGCGUCGUCAUUUUCGUCGACCGGGAUGUGAAGCCUGCGGAUAUAAAGGAGCGUAUAUCUUCCGCUAAAGACCGUCCUCUCGGUGUACUCGUCACUCGGUCUAAUUAUGGCGGAGCCCACUACGACAACAACGACAAUAUGGCGGAGAGCAAGCAAGAGAAGACACGGGCCAAGAAGGUCAUAAAACUUUUACGACCUCUCGUUCCCAGGUGCCGAUCUUUCGUCUUUGACGUUAAGUACAGCUCCUCCUUGCCAUUCAUCUCCCAAGACUUCCGUGGCACUGCUAGUCACCUUCGUGUUCUCAAACUGCAAUGCCGAGUGGACAAGAAGAACAUCGCGUGUCCACGAGUUCCUAAGAUAAAACGCAAGGACGAGUUCGUCUUUCCUCGGUUGUCGGUGCUUGUUCUUGACGGCACCACGUUCAUGGACGCGUGCAACAUUUCUUCCUUCGGGAACCAGUUGAAGGACAUGUAUCUUGAUACGCUCUCUAUCUCCCGAUUGACGGCUCCGAACCCCGACGACGACGAAGACGAAGGCGACGAAGACGGCCCUGCUGGGUUCGACAUGUAUAGUUUGGCAGCCCAUCUCGCGAACAUUGGCUACAUCCGACACCUCACUCUCGCCUACAUCGACGUCGCAUAUGAUCCAGGCACAGCCGACCAAGGGGAGCAUCAGUGGAGAAUCGACAACCUCACCAUCAAAGGGCAAGACGAGCCGUGGGUCGAGGAACUCAACAGCAUCACAUCUGGAUCGUCUCUCUGCUACUACCACCUCGUCGAUUCCUCCAUCCAUUAUGAGAGCAUGAUGGUGGCGCAUCACCUUCGACUGGAGGCCAUUACCGAUUUGGGGUACCACUUCGGCCACACCAUCGGGAGGCAUUUUGGGAAUCGCCUCGAUAUCGUCAAUUGCGACCGCUUCACGGACCACCAUCUCGACGUCAUCGCGGACAAUUGCCAUUACCUACGUCGCCUCUACCUCGUCGACUGCCCGAACUUUACUGUUGGGGGCCUGAAGCUCAUGCUCACCACUCGGGACGCUCUGGCAAGUCAGGACGAUGAACGCCCCGAAGGCCGUCAUGAUACGAGUGAUGAGACCGAGAGCAUCGUGGAGUUGGAUGAAGAAGACGAUGCCGAGAUGGCGGAUGCAUACUCGACGUCAAUGGGAGCCGCCGGAUCGAGGUUUACGCCUAUUCACCGUCUGCAUGUCAAAGGGCAUCCCCACAAAUUGACCACAGCUGAGCACCAAUGGUUCAGCGACCGUCUUGAAUUCUUCUCCUGGGAUUGA